UUCGAGUUGAACUAUAUACCUACACUUGAUUUUGUAUAUUAAGCUAUAACUUGUUAUCUAUGAAUAAACGUAGUGCAAAAAUGUGGAAAUGAUAAUUAUUAAUUACACAUUACCUACCUAUAUCAUAUUUUAUAAAACAAAAAUGUAUGGAAUUUAAAAAUUGUAUUUCAUUCCAACGAAAUGAAAAAUGAUACGAGGUCUAAGAUAUUUUGAUUAAAUUUAUUAUUCAAGACAUACCAGAUAAAUGUUGGGUGGUGGGUGGCGGGUGUGGUCGAUAAGCAAUGUUUUCAUAAAAUAUAAUUUUUGUUGAACGAGCUAUAGUCUCCACACAGAUAAUUUGAGAGUACUUAUUAUUUCAUAGAUGAAUAUUCUUGAAGGUUUGUAUUUAUGCUUAUAAUUUAUUUUAAAAUCAAUUUCAUACACCGUUUUUAGUAUCAAUUGUUUCAAGAACCGGACUUAGUAAACGAUAUAAUCGGUAAUGCAAAAUACGAAGCAAAUUCCGGAACCCACUCGAUGUGAACCAGCUAAAUACGAAUAUAAGAAAUCAUCGUAUACGGAAAUGUACAAAGUACUACAAACCUUACGCCAAGAUGAGGUUCUUUGUGAUAUCAAACUAGAGACAGACGACGGUGGAGUUAUAUUCGGCCACAAAGUGGUUCUGGCAUCGGCUAGUCCAUAUUUUCUUGCAAUGUUCACACAUUUUUCAGAAAAGGAUCAAGAUCUAGUUGCUAUCAGGCAGUUGAACUCUAGUACCCUACAGCUCUUAAUAGACUUUGUUUAUUCUGGAGAAAUCUCGAUCACUGAAAAAAAUAUACAGGAUUUGUUACCGGCAUCGAAUCUUUUGCAGUUACAAGAAGUCAAAAACGCAUGCUGUGAUUAUCUACAGGCACAUCUAUGUCCUACAAAUGUUAUUGGUAUAAUCGGGCUAGCUGAUUUACAUAGUUGUACGACAUUGUUAACAAGUUCAGAAUUAUAUAUUCAACAACACUUUUCAAAGGUGGUAGAACAUGAAGAAUUCCUGUCCUUGUCAUAUGAACAAAUGGUUAAGUUAAUCUCUAGUGAUGAACUUACAGCUCCAUCUGAAGAAAAAAUAUUUGAAAGUGUUGUUCGAUGGGUAAAACAUGAAUUGGCUUCCAGAAAACAAAUUUUGCCCCAAUUAAUGGAACAUGUGCGUUUACCAUUAAUGUCGAAAGAUUACAUAUUAAAAAAUGUAGUCGACGAACCUCUUCUUAGUAAUUGUUUUAAAUGUAAAGAUUACGUAGUAGAAGCAUUAAGUUUUCAUUUAUUUAAGUCAGAAGAACUUAAUACCAUUCUACAUAACAACCGGACAAAACCUAGACAGCGUGGUGGUACACAUAAAGUUAUAUUAGUGGUUGGUGGCUCAGGGAUCAAUUUCAAAACAUUAGAUAGUACAGAAUGGUAUGACCCAAAAAUCAACAAAUGGCAAUCUGGAUCAAAAAUGAUUACACCACGUUAUGCUGGUGGUCUAGCUGUAGUAAAAGAUAAUUUUGCGUUAUAUCUGGGUGGUAGAAAUUCCGAAUCAACUUCACAAGCAGUUGAUGCGAUAAAUUUAUCUUCAGAAUUACCUCAUUGGGAACCAAACUAUAACAUGUCAGUUAAACGACAACGGUUUGGAGUUGGUGUGAUUGAUAAUUGCAUAUAUGCUGUUGGCGGUUUUGAUGGCAAAAGUAUUUUAAAUAGUGCAGAAGUUUUUGACUGCAGAACUCGAGAAUGGUGUACGAUAUCUAGUAUGACUACUAUACGAUGUGGUCAUGGUCUUGGAGUACUGAAUAAUCUUUUAUAUGCGGUAGGAGGUUCUGCUCUACGUACAUUAAACUCCGUCGAAUGUUACCAUCCCAGUCUUGAUAGAUGGACACCAGUUGCAGACAUGUGUGUACGUCGCGCUGGAGUGGGCGUUGGAGUUUUAGAUGAUGUACUUUAUGCUGUAGGCGGUAAUGAUGGAUUAAAUGUUCACAAAAGUGUUGAAGCAUACAGACCGAGUACAGGCGUUUGGUAUACUAUUCCAGACAUGCAUUUGUGUCGGAAUAGUGCAGGAGUAGCGGUAUUCGAUGGUUUAUUGUAUGUCGUUGGUGGUAAUGACGGAUCUUCUGUUCUGGAUUCUGUAGAAUUUUACAACCCUAACACUAAUAAAUGGACCAUGGUCACAGCGUCAAUGAAUGUUGCAAGGGCUGAGGCAGGUGUUGUAGCCAUUGAUAUGCCACGACAUUUUAAAACUUGUUAGCAUUCACAAUAUUUUUUUUUGAUUCAUUAUAUUAUUACUUUCUCGUAUUGUAUAAUAGUAUCUUUGUUAUUUUUCUAUUUAUUGUAUAGUGCUUGAAUGUUUUAUGAAAAGUUUUUUUAGUACCUACGCUAUAAAUUGAUAGCCAAUAAUAAACCACCACAAUUUGAUUGCUAGGAGGCCAAAUGUUGUAUGUCCAAUUUUUCUCAAAAUCAUUUUAUAAUUCUAUUGGGUUAAUGUUAUAUAAAUCAAUUAUUAUAUAAAUAUUAAGUGGAUAAAUUUAACAAGUCCGGACUUGUUACUUUUGUCAAAAACAAUUCAUUUAAUAUUUUGAGUUAUGCUUAUGGAAUUAUUAAUGUUACAGUGAUACAUAAUAGAUAGGUACGCCUUAUCUUCAUUUAUUUUAUUUUUUGUAUAUUUUUUAUCUUUAUUAAAUGUCAAAC